UCCCACAGGCGUGUGACUUUGGCCUGCAGUCCCAACUUUCCCAGGAUCUCUAUCUGUAUUGCUGCAAUAAGUUCUGCCUGAAGAAAUGGCCCCUAGCAAAGCGACCAAAGUCUCUCGGAUCACCGUGGCAUGCAAUUCCUGCCGGUUCAGGAAGCAGAAGUGCAAUGGAAAUAAACCGAUUUGCACACAAUGUCAUCAACACAACCGGCGUUGCGAUUGGCCCGAACAACUGAAACGAGGCCCCGCCAAAGGCUACAUCGAAGCUCUCGAGCAUCGGCUUCAAGAGACCGAAUCUCUGCUUUUGAAAUUCCUGGCACACAUGUCCGACGCCCAAAUAUCAUCCUCGAUACAUAGUGCUCAGUCAGAUAUCCACCCCGGCAUGACUGCGGCUCGAAGUCCUCCGCCGUCGUAUACGCCGUCCUCGCGAUCGGGGAAACGAGGAACGGAGUAUUGGAAACAGUUUCCUCUCAACAGCGUACAGGAUGUCAGAGCGUGGCAGCAGGACUGCCUGAAUCAAGAACAACGACCGGGCUCAGGACGAAACUCGGCGGACAGGGCGGUCACGAGCGUCUCCGACAUCCUCAAUUCCAGGGAUAGUGAACCUUUGAGGGAGAAUUCACACGAACCUAGCGACUACCAAGCAGCGGCUGCCUCCAGAUCUGAGCUUCCACCGCUAACCCCAUACCGAGCCAACGUAUAUGCGAGACUGGACGAAGGAAGCGAACCGGUGAAAGAACCGAUCAGUAGCCUCGAGAAUCACCCCGAGGCGUACCGAGAGAGGGAGGCCGAGCCACAUUCGGGUCCGAUGUUCCCCGCCAUACAGCUCCCUCGUAUCAGUUGUUCUCAGUCGGACCACUUGCGAGGGCAUGGGCUGAGCACACCACAAGCACCGAGUUUAUGGAGGGGCGCACCUUCUGUGAGUUUUCAGCAGCAAUAUCUUUGGUAG